AUGCCUAUCGUUACUAUCAAGCCCGGUGCGACCGUUUUCGUAACCGGCGUGAACGGGCUCGUAGGAAGCCAUAUCGUUGAUCAGCUACUGAAGCGAGAAUACAAUGUUCGCGGUGCGGUGAGAGACGCCGAGAAACACAAAUACAUGACCGAGUACUUCAACGAUAAGUAUAAGAAGGCGAGAUUUGAGUUGGUCGAGGUGCCGGAUAUGACAGUCGAAGGGUGCUACGAUGAUGUUGUUGAUGGUAUUGAAGGCUUCGUCCACGUCGCAUCGCCGAUCGGAGGCAUUUCUGACGUCAAUGAAGCGAUCUCGAUUACCGUGAAGGCAGGUCUGAAUGGUCUCCAGGCUUGUGCUAAGGUACCCUCAUGCAAAGGCUUCGUCUUCACCUCGUCAUCCCUUGCCGCAACGUUUCCUCAUCCAGAUGUGGAAUUCUCAAUCAAUGAGAACACAUACAAUGAUGAAGCGCUGAGGAUUCUGGAGAAAGAGCCGGGUAAACCAGGGCUGUUCGUCUACGCCGCCAUGAAGACCGAGACCGAGAAGGCGAUGAUGAAAUGGAUGGAAGAAAACCAGCCCGGCUUCGUGUUCAACCGGGUUUUGCCAAACGCCAACUUUGGCCCUGUCGUGAUCCUCGAGCAUCAAGGCUUUCCUUCAACCAUCGGUUGGGCACGUGCUGCAUGGGAAGGCGAACAGCUCGACUUUUGGACAACUUCCGUCGGUCCACAAUGGUACGUCCAUCCGGUUGACUGCGCGCUCGUACACAUCUCCGCGCUGAUCCACAGCGAUGUUGAAAAUGAACGUCUCUUUGCUUUUGCAGAACCGUGGAGCUACAACCAGAUGUUGGAUAUAUGGCGUGAACUGUAUCCUGAACGGAAGUUUCUGGACAAUAUUGAGGGCAUGGGUGUUGACCGAAUGACAUUGCCAAAUGCCAGGGCUGAGGAAGUCAUGAGCUGGCUGAAGGGCCCGGGCUCGGGAUGGGAUAGUCUCGAGAAGGGCUUGGGGGAGAUGACUGAAAACUGGAUUUGA